AUGUCCCUCGCUGACGAGGGCUCCAUUGCGAUGAAGAACCUUGCGGCGCAUGUGCCUGAAGAGGCGGUGCGAGAGCCGCAGGAAGAUGUGCCACAAGAGGCGCCUAUAACUGCCCAACUCGGCACUUCGCCCGAGUCCAUUGCGCUGAUCCGCGCGGGCAUGGAGCGUGCUGGCUGGACGCUGUGGAUGCUGACUGUUUGUGCGGGUCUUUCUGGCUCGCUGUUUGGUUACGAUACGGGAUACAUUUCGUCUGUUCUCGUGAGUGUUGGAACGGACCUCGGCAGUCCGAUGUCGGACUGGGAAAAAGAGAUGGCGACGUCCGCAACGUCGCUCGGCGCGCUGAUCGGCUCGCUCGGCGCGGCGUUCCCGUCGGACUGGUUCGGGCGCAAGGUCGUGAUUGCGCUCGCAAACGUCGUCUUUAUCGUCGGCGCCAUCGUCCAAGCCGCGGCGCACAACAAGGCGACGCUGAUUGUCGGCCGCCUGAUCGUGGGUAUCGGUGUCGGUGUCGCGAGUAUGAUUGUGCCGCUGUGGAUCGGCGAGCUUGCGCCGACGCACCUCCGUGGGCGCCUCGUGACGCUCAACGUCGCCUUCCUCACGCUUGGCCAGGUGAUUGCGAACGGCGUCGGAGCCGGCUUUGUGAACGUCAAAGGCGGCUGGCGCUACACGGUGGCCGGCGGUGCGAUUCCCGCCAUCAUCUCGCUCUUUAGCAUGGCCUGGCUGCCCGAGUCGCCGCGCUUCGACGGGCGCCGCGGGCGUGUAGACAAGGUCAACCGCACGUUCCGGCGCAUCUUUCCGAAUGCCACCGAAGAGUACUGCCGCAUGCGUGCCGAAGAGGUGUGCAAGAGCGUGCAAGAGGUGCAGGGCGGCACCACGCAGCUGCCCCUGUACAAGCGUAUCCGUCUCAUGUUUACCGGCCCCAACGCGCGUGCGCUCGCCAUCGCUGCCGGUUUGCAAGCGCUGCAGCAGCUCUCUGGUUUCAACACACUGAUGUACUACAGCGCGACGAUCUUUGAGAGCGUCGGCCUCAAGAACCCGGUCGCGGUGUCGAUGGUCGUGAGCGUGACCAAUUUCCUCGGCACCGUCAUUGCCUUUUGGUUUAUCGACAUUGUAGGCCGCCGCCGCGCAAUCGUGUACACGGUGCCGAUCAUGUCGGCGGCGCUCGUCUUUGCGAGUAUCUGCUUCAACUUUAUGGUGCCUGGCAACCCGUCGAAAAUCUCGCCCGACAUGCCGAUCAACAAGGUGUGGGCCGACCUGCUGAUUGUCGCGUUUAUUAUUUACGUCCUCUUUUAUGCGCUCGGCCUCGGAAAUGUGCCGUGGCAGCAAGGCGAGCUCUUUUCGAUCGAGACUCGCGCGAUCGCUGCGAGUAUCGCGACGGCGACAAACUGGGGCUGCAACCUGCUGAUCAAUGCGACGUACCUGUCGCUCAGCAACGCCAUCACGCCGUCGGGUGCGUUUGGCUUCUACGCGGGUCUGUGUGCGCUCGGCGCGGUGCUGUGUAUCUUUGGCUUCCCGGAUACGCGCCAGCUCUCGCUGGAAGAGGUGCACUACAUCUUCCGCGACUCGUGGGGCAUCCGCGAGGCGGACCGCUUGCGCGCCGAAAAGGCCGAGAUUGCGCAGAGCGCACGCGAGCGCGACAUUGGCGGCGACCUGUCCACCGCCACCGAGACGGUGAUUACGAGUGGCGCGCCGCGGCGCUGGGGCGCGGCCGGCACGACGACGCCGCGCGUCUCGGACGCGCUCAAGGACGAAGACAUGCACGUCGAGACCAGCACCAUGGUCGGCACGCCGGAUAUGGUCAAGCACGACCCGCUGGACGACUGGACCGAGCCGGAGGAGCGGAUCGUCACGGGGCGCAUGAACGGAUCGACGCCGGCGUACCCCCUUGCCCUGCCUGCGAGCGCGGGCGAGGAGCCGCGCCUGCGCCGCUCGGCCUCGCUGCCGUACGCGCCCGAGUUCUUUGGCGAACGCCCGUCGCUGCAAGGUGUCCGGCCGCCGAAUGUCGACUUGGACGAGAGCACGAACCCCCUCUCGCGCCUCGGCAUUCGUGGCGACGCGCUGAUGCUCUUUGUCACCUGCUUUGCGAGUUUGGGUGUGUUUUUGUUCGGGUACGACCAAGGCGUGAUGAGCGGCAUUUUGACGCACCCCUCGUUUGUCGCGUACUUUGCGCAUCCCACGGCGACGCAGAUUGGGACGAUGGUCGCGAUCCUCGAGGUUGGUGCGCUGAUUACGUCGCUGCUGAGCGGCGUGCUGGCCGACACCUUUGGACGGAAGCAGGUGCUCGUGUGGGGCGCCGUUAUCUUUUCGCUGGGCGGCGCGAUCCAGACGCUCGCGAACGGCUACACGGCCAUGGUCGUCGGGCGCAUCAUCUCGGGCUUUGGCGUGGGCUUUUUGAGCAUGAUUGUGCCGACGUACCAGUCCGAAGUGUCUCCUGCCGAGAACCGCGGCAAGCUGGCGUGCAUCGAGUUCACCGGCAACAUUGUGGGCUACAUGGCCUCGGUGUGGUUCGACUACUUUUGCAGCUUCCUGCGCGGCAACGCCGCGUGGCGCACACCGCUCCUGCUGCAGCCCGUCAUUGGCCUGACGCUGGCUUUUGGCUCAGUGCUCCUCCCCGAGAGCCCGCGCUGGCUGCUGGACAAGGACCAGAACGACGAGGCGAUGCUCGUGCUCACGAACCUGCACAACAACGGCGACCCCCGCAACGUGCGUGCCAAGCUCGAGUUCUGGGAGAUUCGCCAGAGCGUGCUCGAAAUGCGUGCGCAAGGCGACCGCUCGUACCGCGCGAUGUGGUCGCGCCUGCGCAACCGCACGCUGAUCGGCAUGUCGUCGCAGAUGUUUGCGCAGCUGAACGGCAUCAACGUCAUUUCGUACUACGCCCCCCUCGUCUUUGAGAGCGCGGGCUGGGUCGGCCGCGACGCGCUGCUCAUGACGGGCGUGAAUGCGGUGAUCUACGUACUAUCCACCGUCCCUACGUGGUUCUUGGUCGACACGUGGGGCCGCCGCCCCAUUCUGCUCUCGGGUGCGCUGUUCUGUGCGCUGAUGCUCGGCCUGUGCGGCAUGUUUUUGCGCGCCGAAAAGCCAUAUACGCCGCAGGCCGUCGUCGUGUGCGUCGUCCUGUUCAACGCCGCAUUCGGCUACUCGUGGGGCCCGAUUCCCUGGGCGUGGACGCCAGAGAUUAUGCCGCUCGCCUUCCGCGCGAAGGGCGCGUCGCUCAGCGCGGCGACCAACUGGGUCUUUAACUGGAUCGUCGGCCAGCUCACGCCGAUGCUCCAGGAGCAGAUCAAGUGGCGCCUCUAUAUCCUGCACGCCUUUUUCUGCCUGUGCUCGUUCUUGGUCGUGUACUACUUCUACCCGGAGACGCAGGGCGUGCCGCUCGAAGAGAUGGACGCCAUCUUUGGCGACGUGGGCGCCCCGGUGCCGCAGCACAUGGGCGAGGGCGAGGAGGAGUUUGCGUCGCCGGCCGGCUCGGACCCCGAGGUGAACCGCGUGCGCCGCUCGAUCAGCACCCACCCCCGCUUCCUCGAGGCGGUGGAGCGCGAGUCGAUCCGCCAGGCGGCGCACGACCGCCGCGCCGCUGCGCCGGGCCUUCUCGGCAGCGUCACGCGUUUGUGGGACAGCGCGCUGGGCCGCACGGAUCGCGGAGCCUAUGAAGCGCUGUAA